AUGGAACUAUGGGCGGCAGGAUUCAAUGCUUGGGCUCAGUUCCACUUUGAUACUCCGGUUCCAGUUGAUCCCGUGGACCUGCCCAACUUCACCUCCAUCUUGGAAGACGAUAGCAUCGAGGUCCUAGCAUUAUCCGAGUCUGCCAUCGCAGUUAAAACAUCCAAGGGCCUGAAAAUCUCCGGCAAUCCCUCAGAAUAUAUGACACAUUUUGCUUCACUUUGUGCUGAGAGAAAAGAGGAGGGUACUUGGCCUAUAGCCACUGCGGGUAAUGGGAAAGUUGCGGAUAUUACGUCCGGUUUCAUCAAGCAAUAUGACCUCUUGGAGUACGAUUGGUUCCCGUCUUACCUUGAGAAGGACGGCAAAGUCUUUGAAGAGCUUGAUGGCACUGUAACUCAGAUUGUUGCAAAUCGAACUACGUUCACUGCUCUCACCUCAACCGGCAAUGUAUAUACCUGGGGAGAUGAGAUGUACAAGGAGCGUCUCGGUCGAGAAGUGUCAAGUAGCAGUCCAGCCUCCCAACCAGGCAUCGUCGAGGACCUCUCUAAUCUUCCGGAUAAAGUUGUUAGGAUUUCUUCUGGUGGCGCUAUGACGGCUGCCUUGACUUCUGGCAACGACGUUUAUUUCUGGGGUGUGGGGAUGUCAGGUCCGUUAGGCAAUCUCUGGAGUGCAAGUCCACAACCUCUCGACCUAGAUGAACAGGAUAUUCUCGACGUUGCCGUAGGAAACGAGCAUAUACUUAUACUUACCACUGAACACAAAGUCUUCGCUAUCGGUGCUAAUGGGAGCGGGAGUGGACUGAGAUCCCUUUACCUUUAA